AUGGGAGUUUGCUGCUCAAUGAGAUUUGACUUAAAAGAACCCAGUGAUAACCUCCAGAUGAAGAGAGCAAGACCACUAACCCUGUUCAGUGAGCAGUGAGAAAAAAAAUUGCUUGCUCAUGGUAAAGGCUAAUUUUUUUUUUUAAAAAUUCUGAAAAUUGAGUAAAAAUUAAUUUCUAAAUUUAUGUUUUUAUUUAAAAUAUAUUAAUUAUCAUUUAUAAAUGAAAAUAAUUUUUUAUAAAAAUAUUUUUGAUAUAAGUUGUUUCUGGGUUUUCUAAUCAUUUUCUCACUGCUGGAAUAAGAAACUCAAAGUUGGAUUUAAAUAGCCAAAUCAUAAUCCAGAAAGAACUUGUAAUCAAAAGAAAAGUGCUGAAUGCGCCUAAAUUAAAACUAGACGAAAAUCCUUUAUAUAAAAAGAGACUAUGAACCCAAACAAGUUCGUCUGUGAGCCGAAAUUUGACUCCAACAAGAAGUUUGGAUAAUAUAUUGGACACAGGUUCUCCUUCUUUAGUCUCUCCACUAUAA